GAAGCUCGCGAAGCAUUCUUGGUCGAGUAAAUAAUAUUUUGGCGAAAAUCGAAAAACAAAAGGUUGAAUCCUCUGAGUUUGUGCCGGUUGUGAUAAGAAAUUGCUAGUCCGAAAAGCCAAAAAUUUUAGACUUAUAUGUGCAAACAGAAAUGCUUUAGUGGAUCAGUGUUAUGUGAGACAUUGAAGAAGCAAAAAUAUAUACAUUUGAUACCAACAGAGUGAUACAUCCGCUAGUGGUAACCCUUGGCUGUUAUCUGACCCGUUGAUAAGAUUGAGGCCACGCGCAACAACAUGUCGCUUCUAGUGAUAUCAGUGGCUGUACUCUUAAUCGGACUUGCGGCCUAUAUCUAUCAGAGCUUUGCCAAUGCAAUUCACUACGCUGCGAAGUUCGGUGGCCCGAAGGCAUACCCGCUGAUAGGAAAUGCAGCCCGUUUUAGUGGCAAAACCCCGGCAGAAUUUCUCUUGGAGCUACAGAAAAUUAUUGGCGAGUUUGGAAAAUGCUUUCGCCUAUGGCUCGGUACCGAUUUGCUGAUUGUUGUGACGGAUGCCAAAAAAGCAGAGGCUGUCCUCAGUAGUCAGAAAUAUUUGGAUAAAGCGAGCCAGUAUGAUUUUGUGCGCCCAUGGUUGGGAGACGGACUACUCACCAGUACUGGCAAGAAAUGGCAUUCCCGACGAAAGAUCAUCACUCCGACGUUUCAUUUCAAAAUUCUCGAACAAUUUGUGGAAAUAUUCGAUCAACAAAGCAAUGUGUUUGUCGAUCAACUGAAGCAGAUGGCCGUCAGUGGCGAAGACUUCGAUAUUUUCCCCAAAGUAACACUGUGCGCACUGGAUGUGAUCUGUGAAUCUGCUAUGGGAACAAAGGUAAAUGCUCAAGUCAAUUCCGAUUCAGAAUACGUGAAGGCAGUCAAAGAUAUGUCAACUAUUGCAAUGCAGCGUGUUUACAACAUAUGGGCUAGGUACAGUUUUACGUUCAAUUUGUCCAAAUAUGCCAAAAUGCAGGCUGAAGCCCUGAAGGUACUACACGGAUAUACGGACAGUGUAAUUCGCACUCGCCGGAAGGAAUUAGCGAACAACAAUCACACGGAUACCAACGAGAAUGAUCUUGGGAUCCGGAAGAAAACCGCCUUUCUGGAUAUGCUUUUGCAAACCACCACGGUCGAUGGUCGACCACUUUCCGACUUGGAUAUUAGAGAAGAGGUAGACACUUUUAUGUUUGAAGGUCAUGACACAACUACUUCUGCAAUCAGUUUUCUCAUGGGAAUACUAGCGAAACGUCCCGAUAUUCAGGAAAAAGUGUACGAAGAAGUCUGUUCUGUAUUCGGCAACGAUGUCACCCAGCCGGCAACACUUUCCAUGCUUAAUGAAUUAAACUACUUGGACUUGGUAAUUAAGGAAACUCUACGCCUGUAUCCUUCUGUGCCCAUGUUCGGCAGGAUGAUGAUGGAGAACCAUGAAAUUAAUGGAGAAGUGUUCCCAGCAGGAGCAAACGUGAUGAUCAUGCCUUUCUUUAUGGGACGAGAUCCGGAUUACUUUGAUAAUCCUCUGGAAUUCAAACCGGAGCGAUUCUCGGCAGAAAUAUCAGCUGAAAAAUCAAACCCCUACCGUUAUGUGCCCUUCAGUGCCGGACCACGAAACUGUAUCGGACAAAAGUUUGCAAUAGCCGAGAUCAAGAGUUUAGUUACCAAAGUGUUGAGACACUAUCAACUGCUACCUGCUAAACAAACUCCUCCGGAAAUGUUUAUUGCUGAACUGAUACUACGGCCUGAAGGUGGAAUUCCCCUGCGGAUUAAGAAAAGGGAGAAUAUGUUAACUGUUUUCAUUUUAUCGUUGAUCACUAUUGCUUUCGUACUUUUAAUCGUACAUCGAAAAUUAACCAACUUCCACCAGCUUCCCGGUCCGCCAGAAUGGCCCGUGCUGGGAAGCUCGCUGGAAUUCGUGAAUUUAAACUCUGUCGCCAUAUUCAAUCUGCUUCGACAAUACGCUCGGGUGUACGGCAAAGCGUAUAAAAUUUGUUUCGCCUACGACUACACGUUGGUGUUCGCAAAACCGGAGAUUGCGGAGCAAAUCGUCAACACUCAAUCGUAUGCUUCAAAGUCCGAGGAUUACGACAAGGUCGCCGAAUGGGUCGGAAAUGGACUGCUUAUAUCGAAAGGUGAAAAAUGGUUCAAGCGACGCAAGGUACUGACACCUGGGUUCCACUUUAAAAUAUUGGACAGCUUUGCGCGAGUGUUCAGUGAACAGAGUGAUGUCCUGUGCCAACAGUUGGCCACGUAUGGUGGGGCACCGGUAGAUAUUUUUCCUCGGCUGAAACUAUUUACGUUGGAUGUCCUUUGCGAAACGGCCCUCGGUUAUAGCUGCCAUGCUCAAACGGAGAAUUCUUUCUACCCGUCAGCAGUUGAAGAAAUCAUGUCUAUAUUGUAUUGGCGUAUGUUUGAUUUGUUCGCCAUUUACUUAUUUCGCCUCUCGACAAAAUACAGUCGCUUCAAAAAACUUGUUCAGCGGACGAAGCAAUUUACGUUAGGAAUUAUAGACGAACGAAGGAAACUGUUGGACAAAAUGAUAUCGACGGAAAGCACUGAGGUAGAUUCUGAUUUUGGUCGCAAGAAAAUGGCACUAUUAGACAUAUUGAUUCAAGCUACCGUCGAUGGAAAGUCGCUUUCAGAUGAGGACAUCAGAGAAGAGGUGGAUACAUUUACAUUCGCUGGGCAUGAUACCACUGCAUCAGCGCUAACAUUUAUCCUUUUCAAUAUUGCGAAACAUUCGGAAGUUCAACAAAAAUUAGUGGACGAAGUCACUGCGGUUGUUGGCAGUGAACAACAGGAACUAGAUUUGCACACUUUAAACGAUCUUCGCUACAUGGAUCUAGUGAUUAAAGAAUCUCUUCGUUUAUUUCCACCGGUUCCGUUAAUAGCAAGACUUGCCACUGAAGAUACCUCGAUUGAAAAUCUAAAUAUUCCAAAAGGAACUUGUGUAUGCAUCAACAUUUUCGAAAUGCAUCGAGAUCCCGAGUAUUUCGAAGCACCUGAACGUUUUAUGCCUGAUAGGUUCGAAUCUCUCGGAGAAAAGGUGAAAUGCAAUCCUUUUACUUACAUUCCGUUUAGUGCUGGCAAUAGAAAUUGCAUCGGUCAAAAAUAUGCUCAAUACGAACUAAAAGCAGCUGUUACGAAGAUUUUGCAGAAUUUUCGUCUGGAACUUCCUUCAUCCGAUUACGAGCCAACACUAAAAGCGGAAAUAGUUCUCAAGCCAGCUGACCGGUUACCAAUACGAUUUGUUAAACGGACUUUGUGAUAUCUAUAAAAUAUCUAUUGAGAACGCAGUUUAAUUAAUUUAUUUUCCAAAAAUGUCGUCAUAACACUCCAUCAUGGUUACAACACACUCUCUUGGCACGGCGCUCAUCGUCUCGAAUCGUUCCGGGCACACGUCAGUCAAAGUUUCGUUGAAUAUGCAGGAACUCAUCAGAAUACCAAGGCUCAUGGUGUCCAUCUCGUUUUCCUCUAUCGCAGCGACUCUUGAAAAUAAAGGUUCAGUUUUGUAAUUAGUUGGUCAGAUUACCAAUAAAAAAAUUUUAAUAGCUAUUUAUCUACUCUGAUUAGGAGAUUUGUAGACUGUAGACCCUUAUACCUGAAUUAUAAGAAGUCGUU